UCAAGGUUUUUUUUUUUGGUGAAUUUUUAAAAUCACUCAUUCAUGAGAGGAUUAACAGAUUUCUUCUUUAAUCACAAAGAUUCAAGUCUCAAACCAAAUUAAUUAUUAAUAUUAAUACUGAUUAAUUAGUGGCUUUCCGUAGGAUGCAAUAUAUCUGAAACGGUUUUUUGACCACCUCCAAAUACCUGUCUUUCCCACCGACCGACUACAUACAGGCAGGAACACAAGGACAGAGAAGCUCCUCCUCUCCAUCUUCCUUAGCAGCUCUUCCGUAUCCAAAAAAAAAUGGCAAUCGACCCAAGAAGUGGUUUCUGCCAACAAACCAAAACCUUUCACAGUCUCAGACCACCUACUCCUUUUCCACCACCACAUCAACCUCUCUCUAUCACCCAAUUCGUCCUUUCCCUCCUCCACUCCUCCACCAUCCCCACCACCACCACCACCUACCUCACUAUCCCCUCAACUGCCCAGUCUCUGACCUACUCUCAAGCCAUCGACCAGAUUUACUCUCUUUCAUCAUCUCUCAGGAACCACUACUCUUUAAACAAUAAUGACGUUGCUUUUAUCCUCUGCCCACCUUCUCUCCACGUCCCCAUUCUUUAUUUCUCUCUUCUUUACCUCGGUGUCACCAUCUCUCCAGCCAAUCCACUCAAUUCCGACUCCGAGUUGGCUCACCAAAUCCAACUCUGUAAGCCAAAGAUCGCCUUUGCCACCUCCCAAACUGCCCACAAGCUUCCUUCUCUCCCCCUAGGCACCGUCCUCAUUGACUCCCCCGAGUUCACCUCCUUGACUCACCCCAAACCCCAAACUACCCACCCACAAGUUGAAGUGAGCCAGUCCGACGUGGCUGCGAUUCUUUACUCCUCGGGCACGACAGGGCGAGUCAAAGGCGUGGCAUUGACUCACCGGAACUUGAUCACUUUAAUCUCCGGUUUUCAUCAUAACAAGGCAGUACCCGACCCGAACCAACCCGGUCCACCUCCGGUUUCGCUGCUUAUAUUACCUUUGUUUCAUGUUUUUGGGUUCUUUAAGUCGAUAAAUGCGUUUUCGAUAGGGGAGACUUUGGUCUUAAUGGAGAGGUUUGAUUUCGUAGACAUGCUGAAGUGCGUAGAAAAAUAUAGAAUUACUCGCAUGCCGGUUUCGCCACCGCUUAUCGUGGCGUUUGUGAAAGCGGAUUUCACUAAAAAGUACGAUUUGAGUUCCUUAAAAACGCUUGGCUGCGGUGGCGCACCACUAGGGAAAGAGGUUGCCGAUGCAUUGAAGGAGAAAUUCCCACACGUGGAAAUAGUACAGGGAUAUGGGUUGACGGAGACUGGAGGAGGGGCAACAAGGACUAUAGGACCUGAAGAGAGUAGACAGCUUGCUUCUGUUGGUCGCCUGUCUGAAAAUAUGGAAGCCAAGAUUGUUGAUCCUGGAACUGGAGAGGCCUUGGGUCUUGGCCAGAGAGGGGAGCUUUGGUUGCGAGGGCCAACUGUCAUGAAAGGCUAUGUAGGAGAUGAGAAGGCAACUGCUGAAACCUUGCUUCCAGAUGGAUGGUUGAAGACCGGGGAUCUUUGCUAUUUUGACUCAGAGGGGUUCGUAUACAUUGCUGAUAGGCUAAAGGAAUUGAUAAAAUACAAGGCAUAUCAGGUGCCCCCAGCUGAGUUGGAAAAGUUACUUCAGUCUAUUCCUGAAAUUGCUGAUGCUGCUGUGAUUCCUUAUCCUGAUGAGGAGGCGGGGCAGAUUCCCAUGGCAUAUGUGGUGAGGAAACCAGGAAGCAAUAUCACCGAGGCUCAAAUUAUGGAUUCCAUUGCGAAACAGGUUGCACCAUACAAGAAAAUAAGACGAGUAGCUUUUAUCAGUGCCAUUCCAAAAUCUCCAGCAGGAAAGAUCCUGAGGCGGGAGCUGGUCAAUCAUGCUCUCUCCGGUGCUUCGUCUAAAUUAUGAUCCAUUUUCUUAAAACAAAAACCGCUUGAGGGCAAAGUUCUUAUCGUCACCCAAAGCAUGGAUCAUAGUCACUGGCUAGUCAUGAAUCAGAAUUCUACCUGAUAGCCUAGAGAGAGAUUCUGCAGAGGCUACUGGUCCUUUGUUGAAUAUCAUGUUGUCCAAACACCAACUCAGGCCCAUGAGGGUAAAAUAACUGUUCUGUUAAUUACCACAUGAAUACUGAUGUUCAUGAGUCUAUGGCAUAUUGUUUUUCAUACUGAUUAAUAAUAUCUUCUACAAUGGAGGCACAUGUAUCAGACAUGGAUACUACUCCGAUACAUGA